AUGAAUAUUGUUUGGUAUCGACGGAUUUGGUUUAUAACUUUAUCGCUUUUGCUGGUGGUUGGCUUAAUAUGCAUCCUUUCGAGUGAAUGUGACCUCCACAUGGAGGGUGACCACCUUCGGGUGCACACAAGGCCACACGGUAUAGGUAUCACAAGUUUAGAUCAAACCGAUCAGAAGUCUUUUAGUUCACUGUCAGAGAAAAAUGUCUACGAUGGGUACACCUAUGUCCUUUCAACGUACUACUUUAACGCUUCGUCAGGCUUUUAUAAACAUAGACAAGCACCUUCAACGGAAUGGCUUGUAGUGUUUAUUUCUUCGUUACGUGCAGUGGCACGGAAACGGGUGGCGGAUUCUGCUGUACCACCUUCUCUCCGCAGCACAAAGUUGGUGUUUUUUACGGAUGCAUUGACCUUUUCAGUGCUAUGGCGUGAUGUGCAUAUUAUCAGAACGUGGUCGAAUGAAGGGUUUUUACAUUGGAUAAUAGUGUGCCCUCCAGAUGGCAACACGACGGCUUCUGGUGUAGCAAUUCCUGGUGACGUUCCGGCGGAUGUUGCACAGAUUUGGAGCCCUGAAUUUUUAAAUGAAAAGUGGGCUAGUGGCGUGAGAAACGGGGCAAACAAUUUUCGCUUUGCUCUUUAUUAUAAAUGGCUUCAACAAUACUUGCGUUUUCAUGAGUAUUCAUCACAUGGUGACUUACAUAUGGCAUCAGAGAGCUCUCGUUUUGUUAUAUGUGACUCCUCUGAUGUUGCUUUUCAGCGGGAUCCUUUCCUGCCGGGUGGUGGCUGUUUUCCGCAAGAGCCCGAUCCAUACGUGGUUUUUACUCUCGAGAGCAGAAAAAAGAACUUUCGAAAUGAGAAGUACAACCGCCGUUGGAUGUUAUGCUACGGCGAAGGUGUACUGAAACUCAUAGGAAAAGGAGAAAUAGCAUGUGCGGGUGUUAUUCUGGGGAAUGGAAUGGGCAUGUUGCGGUAUCUGGCUUCACUGCUGCAAGAAAUCCAAGACCCUCACCUUGUGGAAUGCUCCUUGUCACUUGAGGCUGCUCUUGACCAGGCGAACCAUAACUAUCUGCUCCACGUGAAGCAUGAUUAUCCAUCCUACAAAAAAAUAAAGAGCUCACAUGAAAGCUCAUACUGUGCGUUUCAUGGAAAUUAUGGAAAAGCAGUUUUAAACGUGGAGAACUCUGUUGUUGCGCCAGGGACAAACUUCUCCUAUGCAAUUGUUCAUCAGUAUACUGCAGAUCGACACCCUUUGGUGAUGAAGCAAAUGAAAAAGCUCUAUGGAGUGCCACAUUAG